CAAAGCAUAUUUUAUAAACCAAUGGAGAUAGAGAAUAAGAGAGAAGACACAAGAUCUUUCUGGUCCAAUUGCUGCAGGAAUUGGAAAUCAAGAAAGCCACUUAGAGAAGACGUUUCAGAUUCCUCAUCAAAUUCAAGAGCAAUGGAAAAGAAGCCAGGGUGGAAGGCCAUUUCCUACAUCUUAGGAAAUCAAGUAGUUGAGAGGAUUGCAACACUGGGCAUGAUGGCGAAUUUCAUGGUGUAUUUGUUGCAAGUCUUCAACUUGGGUCAGGUUGCUGCUUCAAAUAUUCUUGGCAUAUGGAUUGGAGUGAGCAAUUUCACACCAAUUCUUGGUGCCUGUGUUGCUGAUGCCUAUCUAGGAAAAUUCAGCACCAUUGCUAUUUCAUCAUUUGGAACACUCGUGGGAAUGGUGAUACUAACACUAACAGCUUGGUUGCCACAACUUCAUCCUCCAACUUGCACUUCUCCCGAAAAAUGUGUUCCUUCAACCAGCAUUCAACUUGGCAUCUUAAUUUUAGGCUUGUGCUGGCUAGCUGUGGGCACAGGUGGAAUUGGACCAUGCAUUAUUCCCUUUUCGAUUGAUCAGUUUGACACAACUACUACUAAAGGGAGGAAAGGAGUGAACAGGUUCUUUAAUUGGUACUACACUUCUCAGACAGUGGUCCAGUUGAUUAGUCUUACAGCAAUAGUAUAUCUCCAAAACAAAAGCUGGAUCUUGGGUUUUGGCAUACUAAGUGUCCUCGUGUUACUUUCAAUUAUCAUAUUUUUUGUUGGAGCAAACGUUUAUGUUUACAUUCCAGCGGAGGGGAGCAUUUUUUCUGGUAUUGUACAGGUGUUUGUUGCCGCUUAUAAGAAGCAUCGCCUCCAAAUUCCGGUAAAAGAAGAGGAAGGUGUUUACUAUGAUCCCCCAAUGGAUGACCAAGAAACACUGAGGCUGCCCUUAACCAAAGAACUUAGGUGUUUAAACAAAGCAGCCCUGAUACAAGGCAACGAAGUGAACUCAGAAGGCUGCGCGGAAAACCCGUGGAGGCUGUGCAGCAUUCAGCAAGUGGAAGAAGUAAAAUGCUUGAUCAAAAUGCUUCCGAUAUGGGCCUCGGGCAUCCUCUGCUUCAUCCCCAUAGCCCAACAAGGCAGCUUCCCGGUCUCCCAGGCCCUGAAAAUGGACCGCCACAUCGGGCCCAACUUCGAGCUCCCCGCCGCAUCGUUCAGCGCGGUGUCCCUAAUCACCAUCGCCAUAUUCCUCCCAUGCUUCGACCUCUUCCUGCAGCCACUUCUCGCCAGACUCACGCGACAAGAAGAAGGCCUCACCAGCCUCCAGAAGAUACUCAUCGGCGACAUAUGCUCCAUUCUCACAAUGCUCACCGCGGGCCUCGUCGAGUGGCGCAGAAGGGUCGUCGCCGCCGCCGCCACGUCACGUGCACCCAUGUCCGCCACGUGGCUGGCGCCGCAGUUCGUCUUCUUGGGGCUGUGUGAGAUGUUCACCCUCGUGGGGCACAUUCAGUUUUACAGCUCGGAGUCGCCGGAGAAGAUGAGAAGCGUGGGGAACUCGUUGCAGUAUCUCGUGAUCGCGUUCUCCAUCUACGUUGGGACGUUGGUGGUGAACGUGGUGCACCAAGUGACUCGGAAGCGUGGUGGGGUUGAUUGGCUCCACGAUGACAUCGAUGCUGGGAGGUUGGACUACUAUUACUUCCUUGUUGCGGGGUUAGCGGCGCUCAAUCUUGUCUACAUCGUCUUCUGCGUUAGACGCUACCGUUAUAAGAUCAAGGUCAAGGUAGAAGAUCGUCAUGUCGACACACACCUUGACCCUUGAGGUGUAUCGUGAAAAUAAUUAGUUCCAUAAGAUGAAUAAAACUUCAAUUAUGGGUGCCUAGCUAUAGUGCAUCUAUUAUUAUAAUAUUUUUUAUUUAUAGAAA